AUGGCGACGAGAAAUAUAAACUUCCAGAAAAGUCUUCAUUCAUUGCAAAGAGCCGCACUCUCGCGACCCGGACAUCAGAGUUGUGUACCGACACGCAUAUCGGAGCAAAUCCAGCGAAGAUAUAAGUCUCAAAUAUCCGAGAACGAAGCAAGCAAACCUCAACAAGUAAACCCUACCGAAAAAUCAAACGACAAAUCGAAGCCUGAAGUCAAAAAACUUUCGGUAGCAGAAGCUGAUGAAGCGUUAAGGAUGUCAAUGCGGGAUAUUGAUGGUGGAGGAGAAUGCUCAAUUGAGAUGGAAGGCGGGAAAUUCGUAGGACUUCGUCGAGGCGUCAAGGAUAAUAUGUUUCGUUUGAUAUAG